AUGUCGCAGCUACAAUACAUGUACACGCCCUACUUUUGCGAGGAGAACAUCUACAAGCUGUGCCAGCAACUCACUGGGCAACAAGACUAUGAUGGAGAGCUGUUCGCUGUCUUCAUCUCGAACAGGGAAAAGCUGGUACCCAUCCUUCGACAAACGGUAGAGGAGAACACGGGUGGCGCGGUUGUGUGGGACUACCAUGUGAUAGCUGUGGAGCGGACUCGUGGCACGUCCAGGGUGUACGACCUGACCAGGUGCUGUGACAGGGCACCCGAGUAA